AUGCCCUUUGACUUGUGCAACGCCACGGCCACUUUUCAAAGACUGAUGGCUCAGGCUUUGACCAGAGAGACGAAGGAGUACGGGAAUCUUGUGAUGUGUUACGUGGAUAACGUGGCCAUAAGAAAACCCACCCUAGAAGACCUCAUUGAUUGGCUCGAUGAGGUCUUUGGCUGCAUGAAAAGAGCAGGCUUGAAGUGCAAACCAUCGAAAUGUGAAAUCCUCAGGGAUUUAAUCAAUUAUCUAGGAAGAAUGAUGGACAGGCCGGACCCGGAAGCAAAAGAGGCUGUGUUGACAUCGCAGGCUCCCAGAACGGACACACAACUCAUGAGCUUCCUAGGGUUUAACAAUUAUCGCCGUGAGUUCAUAAAAUGA